GCCAGCUAUAAGACAGAGGUUCUUGAGGUUACAUGAACUCCUUUAUGCCUUCGUUAAGUUUUCUGUAAUGCAGUGUAAUGUUUUGGUACGUGUUGUUUUCGUCGAGACUGGCAUUAUGAGCAGGUUAGCUGUCGAGCUGCCUAGCAAAGCAUGACUUAGCUUUUCUAAGCUCGUGUAGUAGAGCUACUUUGUCCUAAUGGGAUGUGUAAUAUUUCUGGUCCUGUGUUUCUUGUGCUCUUCGGUUUAGUUGUGAAGGAUUGCGCAUGCGUGUGAGACUUAUUUAACAAAUCCCGCUGGGUUGAGCCGUUUAGCUAUAUAUAUAUACUGGGAUAUUUGUGUAAUCAGAGAUAGUUGUAGGGAGAAAAUUGGAAAUUGUGCAUUAGCAGGGAGUGUACAUGCAUCAUUACAUCUUUUUAGACAGGGGCAAUGACAGGAAUUCUGCGAAUGAUCCAUAGCUGUUUUCUGAGGCUUAUGCUUUUUCCAAGUACAUUUCGGAAUAAUCGUGUCCGUCCAGCUGCCUCUGAGGUCCUGACAUGCCAUCUUCAUCAGCGCAAACUGCCACCCUGGACAUCCUUUUGUGUGCGCUACAGUGCUGUAAUCAAUGACCAGUUUGGCUUGUCCAACUUCAACUGGCAGGUACAAGGUGCCAACUACCACAUCCUCAGAACAGGCGCCUUUCCCUUCAUCAAGUACCACUGUACCAAAGCGCCUCCACAAAACCUUGACUUUGAAAACAAAUUCUUUGGCAUACUGAAAGUCAUCAACCUGGGUAUUCCAUGCCUGGCAUAUGGCCUAGGCUCAUGGAUGGUGGCUGGCGUAACAGAAACUGUGCACACUUCAGCUGGCCCAGUCACUGUUUAUUUUGCGUAUAAAGAGGUAGACGGCGCCAUGUACUAAUGCUCCUAAAGCUAUGUGGAUUAUUGCAGCAUUGUGUCCUUGCUACAAAAAUGAUACCUGAAGACUGAAAUGAAAUCAGUAUAUUUUUGGGCCUCAGGCAACAGUACUGAAUAAAGCAGCUUCUUUCCACAAAUUAAAAUACUUGUGACGAAGGAUA